AUGGACCUGGUGGACAUUGACAAAGUGUUAGAUGACUUGGAAUUGAACGAGGACGAUGGGCGCAGCAACUGCCAGGGAACGAUUGACUCCAGACCGGCUAUCAAACGCGGAACGGAUUCUUUGAAUGGAGGGAAAUCGGAAACAACCCCAACGGUAACGGCUGUUCCGCCAGUGCACGAAAAAUCAAAGUUGAAGGCGAACGUCGUGAAUGUGGCAACGGUCUUUUCGAGCCUCAACGAAUACGUCAACGCUGGCGGUACGGAACUGGGCAGUGGGAAACUGGCCGAAAAGCGCGAAAUCAACGAGCUGAGUGUGCCAACGGAGCGCAAACCGCUUCUAACACCACAAUCGAACUCGUCUAUUUCGUCGGAUUUGAAAACAUCGUCGAUUGCCGGCAACACGUCGUCGGCGGCACUGUCUCCGCAAACUGAAACGUCUCCCGCUUCUUCACCGGACUCGUCGGCUAUAUCGGCCACGUCUGGCUCAUCCCGUGGAGCCUCCACGUCCAGGUCUUCGUCCUCGGCGUCAUCGUCUUCGUCUUCCGCAUCGACCAGCGAUGCGGAGGAGGAAAAUGAGGAUGGCUUACGGAGGGCCACGGAGGGCAGAGAGGGCCACACGCACGAGAAACUUCCCGAGGAGAUAUCCUCGCUCAGUGAGGAAGACUAUGUGCUUGGUUCAUCGUCGGUGACCACACUCGCAACGACGAACGAAGGAGGCAAGAAAGAACUCGGCGGUCCAAGCGAUCCCCAGGAUACGUCCGCGUUCUCUUACCGCAACAGUCUCUACUCAGACACACUCAGUAAUGAUGUGAUCAAUCUGGAAGGCAUCUCGUCGAUCUCAUCGAUCGUGGCCGUAGAUCUGACAAAGAGUGGCCAAGGUGCAGUCGGUCGCGAAAAACCACUCGCUGACGGGGCACCCGUGGCGAAGGAUGAAAUCGAAACGGAGCAGGAAGACGGCGAGCGUCCGGCUAAGGCAACGGCCGGUGCGGAAUGUGAAGUACAGAAACCAAUCGUAGGAUUUGAAUCGACGAUGGACGAUGUUUCCGACACGGAGCUGGAGAGUUAUUUGCAGGAAUUGGAAGAGUUUGACUUUCGAAGUGUUAACGUGGAAACGGUCGCUUCACCGAAACUCGACACGGAACCCAAUGCAAUCUGCAAUGAGCUUGUGCCCGAGCCUCGGCCACCGGUUGUUGGUGAUGAAACGAUCGCAGUGAAAGAUCCCGUCGAACAGACCAGCAUCGACAGUCGCAGUGAUGAUGAUAUCAGUCCGGGAUCGUCGCGCGGAGACAACGAUGAAGAUCUAAUUUCCCAAGCUUCUACGCUGGAAUUCAAUGAUCUAGCGAUGGCCGCGGCCACGGCCGCAACUUCUUCAGUAAUUCCACCUCCUGACGCUACCGCACAGGCAACCAUUCCGGAUCUUCCCGAUGAUAUUCAAGAUGUUACGGUGCCGGUGGACACAGAAGCAAAUGGGGACUUCCCGCUGGAUGAGGACGGUAGUGAGAUCCGAUUCAUCGAUUGUACGGAAACAGAAUCGGAACGUCGUGUGGUGGUACCAGAAAGUGACGUUAGCCGACGGGCUUCACACCCCGAACGACCAACUUCGUUGGAGCUGGCCAGUACGAUAACGGGAGAUAACGGACAACAGGACGAGCACCAUCAGCAGCAGGCACAGAUCGAUAAACCAUCCUCUCCCGGCCACACACCACCCUCGUCCCAUGGGAUCGAGUGCGAUCCGGGGCUAACUCUAUCGUCGACCAGUUCGGAUGAUUUUGCAACCUCUAUCGGUGCGGCCGAUCAACAGCACGAUCCGCACGCGGAUGAGAUCGCCAUUCGAGCCGCGAUGGCCGAUCCCAUACAAUCCCCGUUGGCUCCCACGGUGAUUCCACCGACGCUCGUGCCGCUGUUAAGCUCUGCCCAAGCACAACUGGGAAAAGUGCAACCGUUCUGGAUUCCGGACAAUGCGACCAAGUUCUGUAUGCAAUGCAAGCAAAAGUUUUCCGUCAUCAAGCGCCGUCAUCACUGCCGGGCGUGUGGCCAGCUUCUCUGCUCUUCCUGCUGCUGUUUGAAAGCGAAGCUCGAAUAUUUGGGCGACGUCGAGGCACGCAUCUGCCUCGAGUGUGACGUGAUACUGAGCAUUCAACAGCAGCAAGCACUCGAAGCAGGCCAGAUAGGCGCCCCCGGUGAGGUGGCAUCCGGCUAUCGGCAACCGAACCCCAACAAUCCGAUGGAAUACUGCUCUGUGAUUCCGCCGCUCCAACAGGCAGCGGCCACUGGCCAACCGCAAUCGCCCAUCUCGGUAAUGGUGCCGGUCGGGGUCUUGAAGCGAGCGGGAGCACCACGCAACGUGCGCAAGGAUAAGAACGUCAUCUUCAGCGAUGGCAUCCGACCUGGCUGUGAUUUAACGGAACUCGAUCAAAACUGGGACGCAGUUCCGGCGCGAACGUCACCACCGCGUACCCGCAAACCGAACCGCGUCCAAACGCCUCCCGGAGUUGAGGAGGAUACCGCUCCGACGGGUGUUAGUUUGCUCACGACGUCCCUUAUCCCACCGGAAGAUCACAAACUUCCACCGGUGCUGAAGCGCAUCACUCCCACGGAGAGCAAGCUAGUGGAGAUCGAGAACGAUGCGUCCCUCAUCGAGGGCUUGCGGGAAGUCAUGUUAACGUUUGCGGUGCAGAAAAACUUUCACGUGUACGUGACGAUCGUGGAACUGGCGUGCUGCACCAAUCAGACGGUCAUAAACUUCACGACGCACGGGUUGCAAUACGUUGGACAGGACGAAGUGAUCAUUCUGCUCGAGUUGGGCGAUUCACAGGCCCUUCCGAAGGAUAUGUUUGUGCAUCUGAACGAGCUGUACUGUGAGGCGGAUCGGGGCAAUAUUAUCACGGAAUUGGGCUUCUCGCCUGCGCGGACAAACCAUUUUCUCGGCUCGAAAAACCAUGGCGGAUUUCUGUAUGUGCGACCCACGUUUCAGUGCAUGAAGGGGCUGAUCUUGCCGGAAGCUCCGUACCUGGUCGGCAUUCUUAUCCAUCGGUGGGAAGUGCCGUGGGCAAAAGUACUUCCGCUGCGGUUGAUGCUACGCCUGGGAGCCCUCUACCGGUACUACCCCAGUCCGCACGUAAGCGUACGGGAACGGGAAGCCGUGUACGUGGAGAUUGCCCAAACGAUUGUGAAUCUGUUCGCCGACUUCCGUCACUUUAGCUACACCAUUCCGAGUGUCCGGGGGAUGGUGAUCCACAUGGAAGAUCGCAAGACAAGUAUUCUGAUCCCGCGCAACCGCUACGAAAAGGUCGUGAAGGUGGUAGACGGUUCGAGCGAACAGCUACUGGCGGUGGUCGGCAACUUUAGCAAGGUGGCCGAUGGCCAUCUAGUGUGUCUGCAGAACACCGAAUCGGGCUGCCCGGAGGCGACACAGUAUACGACGCAGGCGAUCAACAUCGACGGCAAACCGCAGAAGGUGAUGGGCGCGAUCUUCCUGGUGCUGAAUGGGUCGCUAAAGCCCAACUCGGGCCUCCUCGGGAAGUCAACUAUUGUGGAGGACGGAUUGAUGGUGUACAUACCACCGGUGAAGCUGCAACUGGUAAAAGAAGCGCUGAAGGCGAUGAAGGACUACCGGAUCGUGUGCGGACCGAGCGACGGGGACGAGAGUCAGAAUGAGGUGGUUUCCAUCGAGUGGACGUCGAACGACUUGAAUUUCAACAUCGGUGUCACCUCACCCAUCGAUCGUAAGCCGUUCGACGGUGUGCCUAGUAUACGCGUGAACCGAGGAACGGACUACUCCAACGCGAACCACAUAAUCCGUUGGACGGAGGUUUUUAUUUUGCAGGGAGACGAAGAAUCGAACCAACCGGGAGAUCCCAUAAAUAUGUCGAAGCUAUCGGAAACCAUCGCCAAAACGGCCUGCGUAGCAUUGGUCGCUUUCCUCGAUCUCCUAGCGUCGAACGGACACACGAAGAUAGGCCUACGUAUCAGUGCUAAUCGCGAUCAGAUGUCGUAUGUGGCGGGCAGUGGUGGAAGCAAGCUGGCGCCGCUCUACUCGAAUGCCCUCGGACAGGAGGUGAUGGUGAUGCUGCAGCGGCAAGUCAGUGCACUCCAUCUUGAUCAGCAUGACAUCGUGAUCGAGCUAAUUUUUCACAUUCUGGACAAAUAGACGUUCAAUGCGAUAGGCAAAAGUGGCCAAAAAUGUUGUCACCAAAAACAACCAGCGGACAGGAGAAACCCUAAGAAGUAAUCCGUUUCAAAACAAUUCCAACCUCAGUUUGCGUACGGCUCUUUUGUUCCGUAGGGCUACUGACAGCCAUUAAGAAUGGCUUUUGUAUGAUUUUAAAAUUUACUUUUACUUCGGUGAGGCCGCGGCGAAGAGUGAGAUGUGGUUGUCACAAGAUGUGGCCUAGAGACUGCUGUAAGGAAACGGAAACAGAUUAACAACUCGGUGGCCAGUAGUUGAAGAGUAGGGUCCGCUCCGCUGUGCGGGAUUGCCAAGCAUCCCAGCCUCGGGCAGCUGUGGAUAGAUUGCUGAACGUACACACCAGUAGCAUGCCGUGAAUAUAUAGUGUCUAAAGAGUAUACAUUAACAUAGAUAUACAUAUACAUACACACACACACACACACACUAUAUAUAUAAAUAUAUAUAUAUUUCUAUAUAGUUAAAAUUAUUGAAUUGACGAAGCAGCAGGAAAGCAACUUUAUUAUGCCGCCACUAAGCGAGGCAAUGAGGAAAAGGAUAUUUAUAUUUGAUUUGGGCGUUUUAGCGCUAGAAGGGAACUCUCCAGGACGGCAGCAAAAGGGCGUAUCGGUAUCGCGAUAGAAUGUUACUAAACCCGUAAACG